CCGCCGAUAAGCCCCACCGAAGAAGAAGCACACAAUCCCGAAGAAGAACGCUAAAUACUUGUUUACUUGUAUUAUAGCCAUGACCAUGUGCUUCACUGUACUUUAUGCGGUUUUUCAUGAUUACAGAAGAUAAAGUUGGACGCAAGAAUGUAUACAACAGCGUGCUUCAAAUAACAAGUGACUGUGGAGGAUUUCAUUAAAAUUAGCUAGUAGGCUUGAGAGCAGCUAUCUAGCUAGCUAAAACAGCCGUCUAACGUUCGCUGGCUUGAUAAAACAGUUAACUUUACCUAGCUAGCUAUCUGCCACAUUAUCUGUCCAGCUUCAAUAUAUUGUGAAAAGCUCAGUCUGCGUUUCGUCGUGCGACACAAAAAGGGAACAUCAUGGACAAGGCAGAUUUCUUAAAGGGUCUCCCCGUUUACAACAAGAGCAACUUCAGCCUGUUCCAUGCAGACUCUGUGUGCAAAGCAUCGAACCGAAGACCGUCCGUGUACCUCCCGACAUGCGAGUACCCCUCAGAACAGAUCAUUGUCACAGAGAAAACAAAUAUCCUCUUGCGCUACCUUCACCAACAGUGGGACAAAAAGAAUGCAGCGAAGAAGAGGGAACAGGAGCAAGGAGAGGGAGGGAGUCCAGCACCUCCACACAAAAUUGCGAGGACAGAUAGCCAAGAGAUGAAUGAGGACUCUUAGGAGUGUGUAUGUGAUUGGCUACGUGUGUGUGUGAAUGUGUGUGUAUACAGCUGCGUAUGUGUGAGCACGGAUGCGUGCAUCUGGAGGAAGCACACAACAGACAUGACUAUGAAGACAUACGAGACACUCACUUUGACAAACAACCUGAGAAAAUGUCCACCCUGGUUUGGGAAAAAUGAAAAAAAUAAAUAGCUUUUUUUGUUACAUUC